CAUUUUUUUAAAAACUGGUCUCCGGCCAAUAAAGAAGGUAGAUUUAGUAGCCUACACGUUAUCUUGCUCCUCGAUGCUUUCGAUUGACUAGCAAGGCUUGUUGUUAGUGUGGGUGUGAUUAGUGAAUAGCACUUGCUCCAUGGUUAUUUAUUCUCGCUGUAACUGUGCUGUGCAAACGGCUGCAUUUUCAAGGACGCGUUUCCCUUGGCGGAGCUGCACUGUCGCUCUCCACACGCGUAAGUGGCAAGAAAAACAUUUCAGCACUGGAGCUGUCCGCGUAAGCGUUUUGACUGACUCUUGUCACUCUUAUCACGGAUAGGUAAUUCAUGUCACAUUUGCAGUAUAGAUUUGUGAAAUCCAGGCUAUUUGAGUAGGCUAAACGUGCACUUUUCAUUCAAGCGAAGCCUUGCAAUGCUGGGUAGCUGUUCGUGAGACACAAGGAAAAAGAAAGUCUCAAGUCGCGGUGGAGAGUUGUCCGAUUUUAUCUCAGGUAAAUUCCAUUUAUUUUCAAUAUGACAUACAGACCAACAGCAAAAUUGUUGCAUAACAUAUUUCAGAGUUCCAUUUAAUUAAUACAUGAUGAUACGCUAAGGCUUGAAUUCACAUCUCGGGUGAUUGCAAGAGCUAGGCUAUAGCAUUUUUCUUCAUCUGACAAUGAUUGAUGGCUGUGUUUUUAAACUAAACAUUCAUUGGCUGGAUAUAGUGAGCAAGGCCUUCGUAUCGCAAUGUGUGUGCUAUAGGGGUGAAACCACAGAUAUCCUAUUCAAAUUACUAGAGGGGCUAUGGCAUAAACCCUCAAGUUCCAAAAUGGUAUGAAAAUGGCAGCCAUUGUGGUCAGGGAGAAAUCCAAACCAGUCUAAUUAAUUAAUGGCAGUAGUAAGUAAGGCAUCUGAUAUAUCAGAAAUUGUGUAAUAUAAUUACUGUCAACCUAAAAUAUUGUCAUAUGAUUAUAAAUACAUUUACACAGAUUUUAUACCAAUUUUAUCUGUAAAUAGCCUCUAAAAUAAAUGUAAACAGACCAUAAAUGUCUCAAAGUUUGUUUUCUAGGAAAGCUGUGAGUGUUAUAUGUUACAAUAUCAGUACUUGCUGCAUUUACAACUUGCCUAACUCCUAUCAUCAACUGAUUUCUGCCAGUGAAUGGCUGUUGAUUGACUGCAUUGUUUGUAUGUAAUGUUGGCAUACUGACAGUUAAUUAGAAAAAUUAUUGGAAUCCUUCCACUUAAACUGGCUGGAAUGCAGCACGUUUUGCAUCCGAUUUAGGUCAGCAUUCAGCCGGGGGUAGAUUCUAGCCACAUUUGAUCAUUUUGUGCAUCAUAACCUCUCUUUGGGCAGUGUAGGAUAGCUCACUUCAAUUUAUGGUGGCGGGAAAAGUAGUUUGGCUGUGUUUGGGGGGAAAUAACCUCCUGGGGAAAUAACCUCCUGUUAUUCUUCAAGACAAAAGGCUGAAUCAUGUCACACUAAGUAGGAUACCUGCAACAGAGCCUAUUGUUGGUUCCCAUAGACUGACGCCCAUGUUCUCUAUUGCCAGUCCUUGGUUCAAUACUACCUCAGCAUGUGUGUCCCAUCCUGGGGUAAACACUGGUCCUGCACCUAGGGAGUCCUGGAGCCCUGGACUGAGUCCUGAUCUACAGCCUGCGACAGAUCCCUGCAGCCUGUGCAUGUUCCUCUGCCGUUCUCACAGUGGCCAUUGUCAGCUUCUCUCAGCCUCGGUGUAUUGGCUGGCACUGGCACAGACUUUCUGCUUGCCUGGCAGCCUGUCAAUGCCAACAUAGGAGCUGCUCUCUAAGGAUGCAUUUAGAUUUAAAUUCCUCUACUUCCAGGCGCCUCUGUCUGUGCACCAUGGACAGCACACAAACAGAAUUUUAACUCCCCAUAUGUUGUUUUGGGGACCAACCAGACAUUUUUCAGCCCCCAGGGUGUCUUUGUUGGGUUCUGGGACAGAGAAGAGAAGAGAAGAGGUGUUCUCGGUGUACCAGAGAUAAGGAAUCCCAGCAGGGCAAGGAUAUUUUGUUUCAGGCAUUCUCUACAUGCACAGAGGACUAUGGCAGUAUGCCUCACACGUGAUUAUACAGCUGCUGCCUGAUGGUCUGUGUUUCCAAAAAGAAACAGUUGUCUCUGCCAUUUUUGUGUAUGCUUACCAGUGUGUGGUUGUGUGUACGUUUGUAAACGAUUCUGCUCAUUGGCAAACUCGUUAGUGUAAUUAGUUCCAGGUCUUUGCUCUGUGGGUCCGUGGAUGAGAUCUUUGGCUAAAUGGGAUUCAUUCCCAUUCAUUCCCCCCCCAUUCAGAGAAUCUCCCCCCAUGAUCCCAGAAUGAAAAGGAGGACUGGUUGGGAUUCUAAUCAGCACAUACCCAGAAUGGACCUGUGAAGAAAAACAUGUCACAACAGUCACAUGUACAAUCAACUCUGUAGUCAGACCCAGAACCACAACCCUUACUGUGAAACUGGAUUCAUUGAACUAAUCUGUUAAAUCCACCAGUUUGUAUAAUGCAGGAAUAAAAUAAAAUAAUGUAGGCGCUAAACUUGGAUGACAUUCAACAGUAGCUAGGUUUCCAUUUAAUUUGCGAUAGAUUUUCAUGCAAAUAUUAUGUAAAAUAUGCAUUAAAAAAAUAUGCACAUUUUCCCACCAGAGGUUUGUUUCCAUCAAACUGACUUGUUGCGGAUAAAAGGCUGUGUGUGAUAUAGUGCACAUAAAAAUAACUCCUGCGCUUAAGUUCUCACGUACCGAAUAAAAACAUAAAUUCAAUGUGUUUCCGUUGCAUUUUCCAAUCUAUUGAUGGUUUUGUCACACAAACUAUUGCGAUAAAUGGCAAACUUACCCAAUCAGGUUUUUGCGCAUGCUCUCAAGACAGUUCGCUCCCAUCCAUCUCCAAUUACUCAAGCAAACAGCAAAAUUACCUUUAUUAAAAAACGGAUUAAACAACCUCUCAUGGAAUGGUGGGGACUGUAAGGACACACACACACACACACACACACACACACACACACACACUGUUUUAGUUGUAUUGUUUGUAUAUCAUUGUAUUUUAAAUUUGUGACUGUCCUUGUCUAUCAGUGUUUUGUUACUUGUCAUGUUUUGUGUGGAUCGCAGGAAGAAUAGCCGCUGCUUCUUAAAAAGCCAAUGGAGAUCCAAAUAAACAAAUGUUAAAGUAGAAAGGUUAGGUUAUUUUGAUGAAAUGUAUUUGUUCAUUGGCAGCUAAGCACUGAUCAUCAUGUCAUAGCAUACAAAUUACGACCCUCGAUAUUUAUUGGAAAGGAGCAUCAAGCUCAUCGGCGUACACUUUCACCAUCCUGUGAAGUUCAUUAUAGCUUUCAUCUGUAGCCUAAUAAACUGUGCAUGCUUUUUCCAGUUGUAGUGGGCACACACUGGUUGAAUCAACGUUGUUUCCACGUCAUUUCAAUGAAAUUACUUUGAACCAAUGUGGAACAUUGAAUUGAUGUCUGUGCCUAGUGGGGUGACUGCAAAUUUGCCUUAACAUGAUGGUUAUUCUAUCAACAAUUGAGCAAGAAAUUGUUUCCACCUCAAUUUGUCCCAUGAAUAAUUUUACAGGCACAAAAAGAUCCCACAAUGUCAAACAAACAAAGUGUCUGUUGACAUUUAUAAAAUUGUACCGACACUUCCUGUUUCCAUCACAGCUGUCGUGAUUUUUUUUGUUAUACGGUAUGGCUUUACUCGCAUAAAACGUGUUUAGACACCUGUGCAGAGGAGGUGUCUGACUGAAUACUUAUGGAGAACCAAGGUGUCCUGAUCUGCCCCUGAUACACGGCUCACAGGAGCCAACCCAUUCUAAUUCCAGCCCACGAUUAAUUUCCUGUUUGGCAUGUGCUCUGUCUUUGCCAAAAUGUCAUCUCUGCGGGACAAAACUAGAUUCUUUAUAACACCCAAGGACUUUCAUCAGAGCUGGCUGGCAGUUCCAGGCAUGGUCUCGUUCUGAUAGAUAAUGUCUGACCAGUGGAGUGUAGACAGCCUACAAACAGGAUUACUGGGCGCGAGAGCUAGAUCAGAGGGAUUUAAAGAGCACCACGGCGCCAUCUUCUUCCAAAAUUAUUAAUAUUUAAAUCACACCAAGACGGUGCAGUGAGCUCCAUCCAUCUUGUUCACCACCAUCAGGGGACUUGCUUCAGAGAGCAAACCCAGUUUGAGGUCUUUGUUAAAGUUAACAAGCUAAUCAAACUGAUUCAGAGGGUUCUGUAGGCAACAAUUCACACAUUGAGUAAGCAGUAGUGUAAGACAUCUAACAGUGAUAUCUGUUAAAUGUUGCAAAAUGUUGACCGCUCAUAAAAAAAUAAAUCAGAGAUGAUCACUGCAUGUGAAAGUGCUCUUCUUUAGCUUGAGAAAAUUCACUAUGCUGUUGCUCUGCCAAAAACACUGCCCAAUCGUUAUUCUUGCUGUAUUACAGUAAGACCCAGUUCGCCAUAGGCUUUACGGGUCUAGUUAUACGGAAAAAUAUGAAAGAUACAAGUGCCAAUAAAAGGGCCUAGAAUGACGCCCAUAUCUCGAGACCUAGUGGGAGAAUAUUCAGGCUGUCGCAGUGCAGCUCAUUCAGAUUGGGAUUCUCUCUCUGCCAUGCAUAUAUGUCAGGUCCUGCCCCAAGGAGUGGCCAUGUUUUCCACUCCAUCCACUUCUUCCCAAAGAAAUUAUCCAGGGGCAUUUAAAUCAUUCAGAGUGGUCUGACCUUCUGUGCAGAGCAGCACAGGCAGCUGCUCCUGUAGGAAACGAGUGAAAACCCAGCCUGACGGAACCACAGCACUCCUCCUCUACACAUUUCUCUGGAUUUAGCCUGAGUUGUAGUAUGUGGGCCAAAAGAUAAAGGUUGUUGCCAUCUUACAGACAUCUUGAGUCUUUACCCCCUCUGUAAAUAAAUGAAGUUUUCAGUACUAUAAAUUAUUGAUCAUAGGCUACACAUUCUGAGUGUCUCAUGAGGUAAGAUUAGUGUAAAACACUCUUACUAAAACACCAGCCGAGUGUGAGGGGAAGUAUAUUAUUUUGUGACAGUUUCGGGAAUAAAAUGUUAGCAUUUUUGACAGUUUCUUGGCAAAAGCUUUGGGUUUGCAGACCUGCUAGACAACCAGUGGCGUAUUUCUCAAUUCCCUUUAAGGUACAAAGCUUGUACUGACCAACUUGUGUCAGCUUCAACUAAAGCCCCCAUGCAGUCUUUGGUAUUCAUUGUUAAGUCAUCACUGUAUGUCUAAUAAAUCAAUGUGUGUGUUUAUUUAAGAAUGUAUUUCCAUGAGCCUCCUUUGGCCCUUGAAAUGCUCAGUCUGAUCGUGCGGGCGUUAGGAAACAAAUGGGAAGAUAUUUACAUACACCGCCCUGAUUGGCUCAUAGGAUCGUCUAGAGCCCACUCCCUUACCCAGAUGAACAGUAAUUGGUCUAUUAUAAUCGGAUCACAUUGACAUCAUGAUGUGGGCCAAAAAUUCCAUCCCACCUGAAAAGGCUGAAAUUCCAGGCUUUUUUUCUCUCCAUACAGCUCUUACACAAUUUCAGAGUGUUAUUUCGACCACAGUGUGGAAAUAUCAUUUAAAAAAAACAAGAAAAUCAUGUUUUUAACUGCACUGCCCCUUUAACCUAAAAACGGGGAGGACUGCUACACUGCUCAGUCUCUAUACGAGCAGUUCCAGCUCCAGGAGAGGAUGUUAAGUAAUGAGAGGCAGAUUUCUUAUGUCUAUCAGGGGGUGCCAGGCCCUUUAGUCAGGAUGGUAGUGUGUGUGCCAGGUCUGGUCAGCCAGGGAUGGCCUCCAGUGGAGCCUGACUGUAGCCUCCCUGUGGUUUUCAUCAGAUACCCCGUGAGCUCUAUAGACUCUUCCCACAACAGGGUACCAUGAGUCUUGCAGCAAUAUGUGAGCUCCAACUCCCAGAUACAGUCUGACUUCCCAUCAUGGAAGAUAUCUGACAUGAGCAAAGAAUAUAUUUUUUUACCUGCUCAUGUUUUAUAUGAUCCUCUGCAUGGUCUUUCCUCUCCUUAUUCACAGUGCAAGUCCUUCACUUUCAUUUAACUUAGUUCUGGUGUCUGGAAACACCUUUACACUAGCUCACAUUUACAUUAUUUCCUCGUACCAUUGAUAUUUAAUACUGCAUUGUUGGGAAAGAGCUUGCAAGUAAGCAUUUCACUGUACUGUUUUCCACCUGUUGUAUCCUGUGCACGUGACAAAUAAAUUGUAUGUUUCCUCAGUACAUUCUGAGUAGAUUCAACAAAGAUGACCACCCUGGACCUUGCCAUUACUCCUGACUUUGUCAAUCCUAUCUAAUAUGAGACAGUACCCAGACAGACCACCUAAGCCUCAUCACUGUGUCUGACUGUCUGAUGUAUCACCCGUCCCCCAUCACCUCAACACUGAGCUAAGGGAGGAAGGACACAUCACUGGGUGAGGUUAAUUACACCAGCAUAAUUAUCUCCUCCUGUCACUCUGAGGACAUUUAUGAGUUUGUCCACAGAAGGAGGCUGUAUCUGUAAAGGCCUAUGGGUGUGAGGCGAGAAUGUCCUCCAAAUCCUGUCAUUGAGCAGGAGGAAAUAGUACACCAACAGCCCUAAGAACAGAAGCCUAAAGCCUAAAGCCAUUCAACUUGAGAAUGACAGGAGAGGACAGAGUCAGGGAAGGACAGAGACCGGGAAGGACUCCUGUUGUACUCUGGAUGAAUGGGAUUGGAUUUCAGAUCGCAACAUGUGUCCUCUAAGUACCGUGUAAUCAACUUGAAUCCAACUGCCCCAUUUUCAAUAAUGGAAUUCAUGGUCACUUAUGAGCCGAGUGGAAUGAGCUCAAGUAGUUAGUUACACAUGUUGUGUUUGUUGUCUGGAGAUUACUGGGUUUUGUUCUACUCUUCCCAUCCAUUUCAUUUGUUGAUUUAUGUUUACUGCUCCUAUCAUUUCAUCCACUGGGCACACACUGGUUGAAUCAACGUUGUUUCCACGUCAUUUCAAUAAAAGGACGUUGAACCAACGUGGAAUAGAUGUCGAAUUGACAUCUGUGCCCAGUGGGAUGUGAUUGAUGAGCAGUAAUAAUGAAUCUCUCUCUCUCUCUUUCUCUUUUUCUUUCUCUUUCUAGUCAUGGGAGUGCUCAUGUCCAAGAAGCAGCAGGUGCAGAAAUGCACCUCGGUCGUCUCUGCCUUUCAGCAGGGCUUGAAGGAACGCGCUCCAUCCACAACAAACCAGGGGGAAAGAUCUGGAGAGGAAGGAGAGGGGCCGGCUGAAGCCUUGCCACCACUAAACCCGAAGAAGGAGGGGGAUCACGGGGAGACAGACAGCAAAGUGGGGCCCUCAGGGACCUCCCAGCAAGCUGCUGCUCCGGCACCCACCAGGGACGAGUGUAAGGUCAACCAGGAGGCCUGGAAUAGGUUACGGGACGGGAAGGGGGUGGAGCCUGAGGAUCUGGACAAGACCGGCCAUCAGCUCACCCCACCUGCCUUUGUACGUCCCAAGAGAGAUGCCAAUGAUGACCAGCCUGUAGAAAUAGCACUGGGACAAAGAGAGCAGGUAAGGUAGUGUGGGGUAUUGUACAAUAAGGGAUUUACUUUUACUAAAUCCACACUUUGUUCUUUAAAUCCCCAGACCUUGGGGUUUUAAAGAUGCAUGUCAGAUUUUAAAGGAAUUACAAUGGCAACAGUAUUAUCCCCCAUGCACUCCAGUUGAGUUGAUGUUCCGACUGAAAAGAGACUUAAACAACUGUUAAGUAUGGUGAGUCUAUCAUUUUCUCCCAUAGGUGAGAUAAGCAUUUAUAGAUAAGCAAGUAAGCAUUUCAUUGGACGGUGUAUACCAUGUGUAUCCCCUACAUAUGACUAAUAAAACGUGAAAAAAAAGAAAUGCUUUUGUCACACCAGCUAUUUCCACUCCACAGUAGAGCUUGUGUCUAAGUGCUCUUCAUAGAGAGCGUGCUGUGGUGUGGGCGGGUACUCGGGCUGUCUCAGAGAGGAGGCCUUGGCCCUGCCUCACAACCCAGGGUCACCAUAACUAAUUGGGAUCCUGAGGUGGUCAGGGAGGGGGGCGGGGUUCAGGAGUGGACCAGAUGACCAAUCAGCCGGUUGGGGCUAUUAGGAAGAGCACACUGUUAUAAUAGGACUCUUAGAGAGGAUUGUGAUUGUUGUUAUGCUUUCUAUCACUAAUGGUGCUCAUCAGAUAUAACUAAUCGAAUAGAGAUUGGACAAUUUACAGUAAUGAACAAUAAUAUGUUACAAUAAUACGAGCUUCAGGGUCAGACUGGAGAGGAGCAGAUAAAACAUUAACAUCUGACUGAAACAGAUGGCCAUAGCAGCAACAAAAUAUAACAAGUGUUAUACUAAUAUAUGCUAAAUGGAAUAUAUUAUUAAUAUAACACUUGUUACAAAAUAUAAUAAAUUAUAGAUAUCAGACCUACAUUUAAUUGUUCAUAUUUGGAGCUGUAGGAUACUUCACAUAAGAGAGAAAAAAUAGCAUAAUUAGUCAAGGAGUUACAAAAAAAUCUGAUAUAAUUAUGAUGUUGGAAGGCAAUUUCAGCCCCCUUCAUGGUUGAAUAAAAUCAAUAGAGACAUUUAUCCUUUCCUAUCAGCCUCUCUACAGAAUAACUGUAAUAAGAAUCCUCCUACAUAAUGAUAAAAGACAAGAUGGAUAGAAACUACUGUUGAGUUACAUCCGUUUCAUAAUGUGAUGAGUAUAGACCACACUGUCUGUAGGAUAUAGUUAAUAGGUUUGAGUAUUGAGCAUGGAGGAGGUAUGAUUCCUUCUGGCUAUGGUCACCUGUCAGGGACCAGGUUUGACAAGGUCAGUCCAGAUGACCAUGGGGAUAGGAUAAAAACUAAGGUGAAAAAGGUAAAUACACAUACAGUGAAUUGAGUCUAACUUAUUAUUAUUAUAACUGACUUUGCUAUAGUCAAACUUCCCACUAUAAGAAUUUUCACUGUGUUGACAGUCAAGUGUGUUCCGCCUGUAAAUACAGUCCUGAGGGACGGACCUGAAAUCAGAGGAGAAGAGCAACACUAAACUGAUGCUGCUAAAAUGAUACAUGUCACUCCAUACUUAUUAAAUUACUAUGAAAGAAAACAGUGCUGUCUAAGCUUUGAUCCAAACUUAAAUCAAAUAUUUGAGUGCAUGGCAUAAUCGGCAGACUGACACAAAAUUGUUUGUAUUCGUUGUUUUAAUCAAGCCAAUACCCUGUCUAGACUGUAACAUCAAUGAGAGGACCGCUAGCAUUCAUCAUGGUGCCAUCUGAUUCAAAGCUGCUCUGUCUGAGAGUCUGUGUGUGAGUGACUUAAAUUUCACAGACAUACGGAUGCAUCUUUCAGCUAGUUGAUUUGAAAUACAACUUACAGUCCUCCUAUGUAGGCAUCAAACCCCCAUGAGUAUUAUGAGUAUGACCUUUAACCCAGUGACCUUAAUUGCCUUUUCCUCCAGCCGGUCAAUGAUGAGAUGUGCGAGGUGUGUGAGGUGUGGACGGCCGACGACCUGUUCCCCUGCAGGACCUGCACACGUGUCUUCCAUGACGGCUGUCUGAGGGAGUUGGGCUACCUGCGCACCGAACUCCUGCAGGAGAUGAGGGAGACAGCCCACACCGCGACAGGCUGGAGUUGCUACUACUGCGUGAGUCACUCAGUCAAUCUGAACUUCCCAUUGGCUAUUCACAUAGACCAACCACACUCCACAAAGAAAAAAAAUAAAGAAAAAUGUAAUCUCUUUUUCACCUUGAGUCAUACCCACCACUGUUAAAAAAUGAAAAAAAAGUUUUAUUGUCACAUACCGGGUUGGUGCUGUGAAAUGUGUUAUUUUACAGGGCAGCUAUAGUAAUACGGCGCCCCUGGAGCAAAUUAAGGUUAAGUGCCUUACGCAACGGCACAAAUGGAUUUUUCACCUUGUCGGCUCGGGUAUUCGAACCAGCAACCGUUUGUUUACUGGCCCAACGCUCUAACCGCUAAAACGCACAAGUGUUAACAACACACACUUUAUGAACCUGAACACACCUCGUCCCCACACACUGUGCAGCAUAAAUCUGCAUUUUACUGUAUAUAAGUAUUUUCUCUUAAGAUAAUUCCAGCCAAUGUAAUUUUUCCUCGCUGGCCCACAAUCAGUAUGGGUGAGAGGGAGAAAGUGAAGUGAUGAACAGUGAUAGAAGAGGAUGAAAGUGACAGUGAGAAAAAUACACCUUUUCAUCUCUGAAGAGUUCAACUCUACACUCAAAAGGUGCUAUCUAGAAGCUAAAAUGGGAUUUCGGCUGUCCUCAUAGGAUAACCUUUUGAAGAACCCUUUUUGGUUCCAGGUAGAACCCUUUUGAUUCCAGGUAGAACCCUUUUGAGUUCCAUGAAGAACCCUUUCCACAGAGGGUUCUAUAUAGAACCCAAAAGAGUUCUACCUGGAACCAAAAAAGGUUAUCCAAUGGGGACAGCAAAAUAACCAUUUUUUCUAAGAGUGUAAGAACUGUCAUCGAAGCUGCAGAAACUAAUACUAUUUAUUUUAUUGCCUAGUACAGUCAUCCAAAAUGUCUAGCUGUGUCCCCUUUGACAUUUAAUUUCACAGCUUUGGUGUUGUGCCAUUCUCACCAACAGUCAUGGGGCUUGGGGCUUUGUCUAAAGUGGUUAGAGCUGGUGCUGCUGUCACCUCUGACUAGACUUUUCCACUGUCAAGGGGACCAUAAAGUCACAACAACAGUUUCCCUAUAUUUUAUUGUUAUUGCUUAAGGGUCUUUGCAACAUAAUAAGUAAUUACUUUCAAUAUGUUAUUAUUUGAUUCGGUGCACAAAUCCCCAAAGUGCUCAGGAUAGAGUAACCUAUUUAAACUUGUUUAGAUUGGAUGAACAAAUACAUAAAAAAAACUCCAGGCAUUACUCGGGAGAUGAACAUAUAAUCAGAAACACCUAUGGCAGGUCAUCCAAUUGAUUACUGUGGUUGACAGUUACACUAUAUAUACAAAAGUAUGUGGACACCCCUUCAAAUUAGUGGAUUCGGCAAUUUCAGCCACACCUGUUGCUGACAGGUGCAUACAAUCGAGCACAGAGCCAUGCAAACUACAUAGACAAACAUUGGCAGUAGAAUGGCCUUACCGAAGAGCUCAGGUGAAUUUCAACGUGGCACCGUCAAGUAAGUUUGUCAAAUUUCUAUCCUGCUAGAGCUGCCCCGGUCAACUGUAAGUGCUGUUAUUGUUAAGUGGAAAUGUCUAGGAGCAACAACAGCUAUGCCGCGAAGUGGCUCACAGAAUGGGACCGCAGAGUGCUGAAGCGCGUAAAAAUCAUCUGUCCUCGGUUGCAACACUCACUAUAGAGUUACAAACUGCCUCUGGAAGGAACGUCUGCACAAUAACUGUUCGUCGGGAGCUUCAUGAAAUGGGUUUCCAUGGCCGAGCAGCCACACAAGCCUUAGAUCACCAUGCGCAAUGCCAAGCGUCGGCUGGAGUGGUGUAAAGCUCGAUGCCAUUGGACUUUGGAGCAGUGGAAACCACGUUCUCUGGAGUGAUGAAUUGCGCUUCACCAUCUGGCAGCCCAACGGACAAAUCUGGGUUUGGCGGAUGCCAGGAGAACGCUACCUGCCCAGAUGCAAUGUGCCAACUGUAAAGUUUGGUGGAGGAGGUAUAAUGGUCUGGGGCUGUUUUUCAUGGUUCGGGCUAGGCCCCUUAGUUCCAGUUCAGGGAAAUCUUAACGCUACAGCAUACAAUUACAUUCUAGACGAUUCUGUUCUUCCAACUUUGUGGCAACAGUUUGGGGAAGGCCCUUUCCUGUUUCAGCAUGACAAUGCCCCUGUGCACAAAGCGAGGUCCAUACAGAAAUGGUUUGUUGGGAUCGGUGUGGAAGAACAUGACUGGCCUGCAUAGAGCCCUGACCUAAACCCCAUCGAACACCUUUGGGAUGAAUUGGAACGCUGACUGUGAGCCAGGCCUAAUCGCUCAACAUCAGUGCCCGACCUCACUAAUGCUCUUGUGACUGAAUGGAAGCAAGUCCCCGCAGCAAUGUACCAACAUCUAUUGGAAAGCCUUCCCAGAAAAGUGGAGGCUGUUAUAGCAGCAAAGGGGGGACCAACUCCAUAUUAAUGCCCAUGAUUUUGGAAUGAGAUGUUCGGCGAGCAGGUGUCCACAUACUUUUGCUCAUGUAGUGUAUGUUUAGUAAUGCUCCAUGAGGAUUUCAAAUGGGAUUAUUUUCACCAUGAACUGAUCUUGAGCAAUAGUUUAACAAACCUGCUGGAGAAUACACAAACACAUACAGUAGCCAAGAAAGUGGGUUGUGGUGUUUAAUUAUACACCAAGUUCAACACAUCCCACUAUGUACAGAACAGAAGUCAGCAGUCUCCCGGUGCUGAGGUGAUUGAGCACGGUGGAUAUUGAGUGAGAGUGAGUAUGGUACGCAGCCAGAUCCAGGCCCAGGAAACUGCCUCCCCAUGCAGGCUAAUCAAUGCACUCACAAUUAUGGGAUUAUUUGUUGACUCAUAUUGAACACAGUGUGUUUACGCAAUCCUCUGAAAUACUAAAGUACAAAUAUUACCCAGCAGACUGUCUCUAGCAGCCCCCAGAUUUGAUUCACCACCUCUGCAUCCCCUCCUUUUGCUGUUCUCCUGUUCUGGCACCCCCUUUUAUGAUAUCUGGCAGGCAGAGUUUUGACUAUUUAGCAUACGUGUGAUAAAUACAGUGAGGGAAAAAAGUAUUUGAUCCACUGCUGAUUUUGUACGUUUGCCCGCUGACAAAGACAUGAUCAGUCUAUAAUUUUAAUGGUAGGUUUAUUUGAACAGUGAGAGACAGAAUAACAACAAAAUAAUCCAGAAUAACGCAUGUCAAAAAUUUUAUAAAUUGAUUUGCAUUUUAAUGAGGGAAAUAAGUAUUUGACCCCUGUGCAAAACAUGACUUAGUACUUGGUGGCAAAAUCCUUGUUGGCAAUCACAGAGGUCAGACGUUUCUUGUAGUUGGCCACCAGGUUUGCACACAUCUCAGGAGGGAUUUUGUCCCACUCCUAUUUGCAGAUCUUCUCCAAGUCAUUAAGGUUUCGAGGCUGACGUUUGGCAACUCGAACCUUCAGCUCCCUCCACAGAUUUUCUAUGUGAUUAAGGUCUGGAGACUGGCUAGGCCACUCCAGGACCUUAAUGUGCUUCUUCUUGAGCCACUCCUUUGUUGCCUUGGCCAUGUGUUUUGGGUCAUUGUCAUGCUGGAAUACCCAUCCACGACCCAUUUUCAAUGCCCUGGCUGAGGGAAGGAGGUUCUCACCCAAGAUUUGAUGGUACAUGGCCCCGUCCAUCGUCCCUUUGAUGCGGUGAAGUUGUCCUGUCCCCUUAGCAGAAAAACACCCCCAAAGCAUAAUGUUUCCACCUCCAUGUUUGACGGUGGGGAUGGUGUUCUUGGGGUUAUAGGCAGCAUUCCUCCUCCUCCAAACACGGUGAGUUGAGUUGAUGCCAAAGAGCUCGAUUUUGGUCUCAUCUGACCACAACACUUUCACCCAGUUCUCCUCAGAAUCAUUCAGAUGUUCAUUGGCAAACUUCAGACGGGCCUGUAUAUGUGCUUUCUUGAGCAGGGGGACCUUGCGGGCGCUGCAGGAUUUCAGUGCUUCACGGCGUAGUGUGUUACCAAUUGUUUUCUUGGUGACUAUGGUCCCAGCUGCCUUGAGAUCAUUGACAAGAUCCUCCCGUGUAGUUCUGGGCUGAUUCCUCACCGUUCUCAUGAUCAUUGCAACUCCACGAGGUGAGAUCUUGCAUGGAGCCCCAGGCCGAGGGAGAUUGACAGUUCUUUUGUGUUUCUUCCAUUUGCGAAUAAUCACACCAACUGUUGUCACCUUCUCACCAAGCUGCUUGGCGAUGGUCUUGUAGCCCAUUCCAGCCUAGUGUAGGUCUACAAUCUUGUCCCUGACAUCCUUGGAGAGCUCUUUGGUCUUGGCCAUGGUGGAGAGUUUGGAAUCUGAUUGAUUGAUUGCGUCUGUGGAAAGGUGUCUUUUAUACAGGUAACAAGCUGAGAUUAGGAGCACUCCCUUUAAGAGUGUGCUCCUAACCUCAGCUCGUUACCUGUAUAAAAGACACCUGGUUGCCAGAAAUCUUUCUGAUUGAGAGGGGGUCAAAUACUUAUUUCCCUCAUUAAAAUACAAAUAAAUUUAUAACAUUUUUGACAUGCGUUUUUCUGGAUUUUGUUGUUGUUAUUCUGUCUCUCACUGUUCAAAUAAACCUACCAUUAAAAUUAUAGACUGAUCAUUUCUUUGUCAGUGGGCAAACGUACAAAAUCAGCAGGGGAUCAAAUACUUUUUUCCCUCACUGUACAUUCUCUAAAGGAUAGGCCUAUCUUUCCUGAAGCUAUUGUUAAUUUGAUUCCGUAAAGGGGCUAGUGAAAGCCCAAAUAGCACACACAGAGCUCUAGUUUUGGACUCCAUAUCCUGUUUUCAAGCUCCAUAUUAGUGCGUAAAGCUUUAAUCAAAAUAUAUUUAGGUGGUGAUGCUACUGGAAAUCAAACAGUUUGAUCUUCAUGUGAUCUCCAUAACCCUGGGCUACCCAGAGAUUUCACACAUCAUGGCCAAUUAUCCACCUCAAUUAUUACCUUCUGUCAUCCUCAUCCUCCAACUUCCUCAACUCAACCUGCUCAUCAGGGUUGAGAGCCUCCGCAUCCUCCACACACCUGCUGCAGAUAAUUCACUUAAUGGAAGUUUCAAUGUGUUCGACCUGAAUUGCUCCCUCGCCAAGUUUUUAGCGUGAACAGCAUGGUAGACAGAAUCAGGUAGACAUAUGGUGCACAUUCAGACUCAUCACCUUUCUGGAGUGUAGUAAAAUGGCUGCUUAUAUUUUCCUAUUACUGUGUUUUUUUUAAAUUUCAGGACAGUUUCUAAGAAGCAAUACUAUAAAGCCAUCUAAUACACUUGACACACUUGAUAAUAAUAGCUUUAGAGAAACUGCAUAAUAAGCACACCAGGGCUUUCUAGAACAUGCUGAACUUAAUGCGUUCAGACACACUGCACAUUAAUCCAUUUGGGGGCACACCAUAUAUAAUCUACUGCAGAACACUUCAUUUAUGGUACACGCCAUUAUAGCGCAUACAGUAUGAGGGCAGUGGGUCACACUUUGUGCUAGGGUUGGGCGGUAUCCAGAUGUUCAUACCUGCCUUCUCUCAUCCCGGGAUUUACGGUAUUACUGGCUUAGUACGCAAAAAAUCCCAUUGGGCGUCUAUUACCAGAAUGCUAACAAAAUUAGCAGAAGUAAUAGCGAAUUUCCAUGGAGGCUGCUAGCUAAAUAUGCUAAUGAGCGCAAACGAAAAUAAAUGAAUUGCAAAGACAGGCAAUCCAGGUCAUACAUAUAUAGGUAGGAGCUACUGAAUUUUGAGUUUGGACAUUUACAAGUGAAUGUGAACAAGAUAAAAUGUGCAAAUGGACAACAUUUUGACGCAUGCUUGUCUGAAGGAAGAACAGUACUGGCUCUGGAGCAGCAUGUGUACAUGCUCUCCCUGCUCUGCUCUGAGAAGAGGGGGGAGGAGCAGAGGGCCAAGAACAGAGAGGAGAGAAAACGCAAGGGAAUCAUAGCAGUGACAGCUAUCCAGAUAACUCAUCCAAAGGGCUUUGACUUCUCAAACACGGCAGAAAGCUAACACUAUAUGAUGCCCCGUCUCCUUAUUAAUUCAGCCCCUUACUUAUAUAACUAGCAAGUUAAACUUAUGGGUCGUUAACGCAAAAAUCUGUGUUUUUUACACUGAAAAAAAAGAAAACCCAUAAAGGAUGGAUCGAAAUGUACAGAAUUGGUACCUGGUGGAAAAUGGGGGAGGGUCAUGCUUUUUCAAUAUCAGUCAAGGGUUUAGUAUUUUUUAUCUAGUCCAUGGGAGGGUCAUGUAAAUUGUAAUUGAUGAAAUUUCAAUAUUUCUCAGUGUUUUAGAAUGAGUUUGUUUUAAUUAUUAUUUUGGGUAUAGGGGAGGGUCACUUUGUUUUUUCAAGCGUUCAGGGAGGGUUUAGGUCAAAUAUAUUUUGCUGAAGGGAGGGCCAUCCAUUUUCAUUUCAGAGAGGUACGAUGUAGCCCUUAUUAUAAAUAAAGUUCAAUCCCUAAGAGAUAUCUUGCUGUGUUUUGUAAACACAGAUUUAAAAUGCUUCUUAUUGUAAUUUUUGCUCGGCAUCAGACAAAUGUUGUGCUUCAGCUGCACUUCUCCACUGAGAUGAGAAUUCACUAAUGGGCAUUUUAUCAACAGACAGCGCUCGGACUGAUCUGUAGCUACUUUUCUCCGGUAGCCUACUUUUCGUGGUGUAGCCUACUUUUCUCUGGUAAAAUGCAAGAUUAACUUUAAGCAAACCAUUAGGAAAUGUAGCUGGCUAUAUUAUUUCUAUGAUAAACAUUAGAAAUAUGAUGGCCAUGCAUCGUUUUUGCAAAAAAUACCUUGCUUUUUCAUUGUACGCUCAUUUACUUGUGUGGCUGCCAGCCAAAUAGCGCUGCACUUCUGUUGUCAUCUGAUAAAUGCCCCUGAUCACUCUAUUGAAGCAAAAACAACACUGUUGACUUUCAAUAUAAAACACAACCCCUGUCAACAAACAGCUGGACUAACCUGCUCCUGCUUUCUCCUGUUGUGCUAUUUUCAAACAAACACAUGACUGGCUCAGCUGUUGUGGGGUACUUCGGUAAGCUUCAUAAAGUAAAAUAACAUGAGAGGUGAAAUGAAGAACGUAAUCUGCUUUAUUUCCUAUCGUAAUGCACAAGUUGACUGCAGGUAUUUACUUCAAAAGUAGCUACAACAAAAAAAAAAUGUAUUGAAUUUUUUUUUCAAAAAAAGGUAUUGAUGGUAUUGAAAAACCAUCCCGUGGCUAUUUCCAAAUACCUCGGUCUAUGGUAUACUGCCCAAACCUACUUCGUGCUGCUUUCCAGUACCCUCUACUUGACUAUACUUCAGACGGCAGUUUGUAUCCGAUCUCUCCCCAUUAACCGUGACCUUUCCCUCCCACAGGACAAUGUGAACCUGCUUCUGACUGAAGAGGAGAUGUACAGCCUAAUGGAAACCUUCAAGCAGUGCAAGAUCAUCCCUGGUCAGUCAUACUGUCAUACUGCUGCAGCUCUAGAGCACAAUACAUUUCAUAGCUGACAGAUCUCUAUAAGUGGAGACAAGUAUGCUUUAUUGGGUAUAGCACGGUAGACAGAUUAACCUCUACGUGAUCGGUGUCCCGUAUACGGGACGGUUGAGGUAACGUGCGCUAAUGUGAUUAGCAUGACUGUUGUAAGUAACAGCAAACUUUCCAGGACAUAGACAUGUCUUAUAUGGGCAGAAAGCUUAAAUUAUUGGUAAUCUAACUGCACUGUCCAAUUUACAGUAGCUAUUACAGUGAAAAAAUACCAAUGCUAUUGUUUGAGUAGAGUGCACAACCACAACAAAAUGUGAUACAUUCACCUCUGAAGGUAAAUAAUGUACUUACAUUCAGUAAUCUUGCUCUGAUUUGUCAUCCUAAGGGUCCCAGAGAUAAAAUGUAGCAUAGUUUUGUUUGAUAAAAUCCAUUUUUAUAUUCAAAUGUAGGAACUGGGUUCUACAGUUUGAACCCCUGCUGUCUCUGGCUCCACACCCACCCCGCCCGGCCAUCUAGAUGUGUGAAAGUUAGGGUAUAAGCUAAUGAUCCAUCAUGUAUGACAUUCCUGGGAGUGUGUAAACUUACAUUUUGUAUUACCAUAUCAUUUUUGUAUGUUCUCUAUAGUUAUAUACUUGAAAAUGUAUCAAUUGACCAAUUCGGCAGACUUGAUACAAAAUAGUCCAGUAUUGCAAUGCUUCACUGGAUCAAUCUGAAACUUUACACGCACACUGCUGCCAUCUAUUGGCAAAAAUCUAAAUUGCGCCUAAACUGCAAUAUUAUAUUGUGGUCUUUCUCUUGCAUUUCAAAGAUGAUGGAACCAAAAAAAAUUAGAAAACACAUGUUUUCUUGUUUGUAUUAUCUUUUACCAGAUCCUACCUUAAUUUCACAUUUCCUUCAAACUUCAAAGUGUUUCCUUUCAAAUGGUAUCGAGAAUAUGCAUAUCCUUGCUUCAGGUCCUGAGCUACAGGCAGUUAGGUUUGGGUAUGUCAUUUUAGGCGAAAGUUGAAAAAAAGGUCAGAUCCUUAAGAGGUUAAUAGAUCAGUACAUACUGUGCCUUCGGAAAGUAUUCAGACCCCCUGACCUUUUCCACAUUUUGUUAAGUUACAGCCUUAUUCUAAAAUUAAUUAAAUAAAUACAAAUCCUCAGCAAUCUACACACAAUACCACAUAACGAUAGUGAAAACAGGUUUUUAGAAAUGUUUGCUAAUUUAUUAACUACAAAAAAUUGAAAUACCUUAUUUACAUAAGUAUUCAGACCCUUUGCUAUGAGACUCGAAAUUGAGCUCAGGUGCAUCCUGUUUCCAUUGAUCAUCCUUGAGAUGUAUCUACAACUUGAUUGGAGUCCACCUGUGGUAAAUAGAAUUGAUUGGACAUGAUUUAGAAAGGCCCACACGUCUAUAUAAGGUCCCACAGUUGACAGUGCAUGUCAGAGAGAGAACCAAGCCCUGAGGUUGAAGGAAUUGUCCGUAGAGCUCCGAGACAGGAUUGUGUCGAGGCACAGAUCUGGGGAAGGGUACCAAAAAAUGUAUGCAGCAUUGAAGGUCCCCAAGAACACAGUGGACUCCAUCAUUCUUAAAUGGAAGAAGUUCGGAAUCACCAAGACUCUUCCUAGAGCUGGCCGCCCGGCCAAACUGAGCAAUCGGGGGAGAAGGGCCCUGGUCAGGGAGGUGACCAAGAACCCGAUGGUCACUGACAGAGCUCUGGAGUUCCUCUGUGGAGAUGGGAAAACCUUCCAGAAGGACAACCAUCUCUGCAGCACUCCACCAAUCAGGCCUUUAUGGUAGAGCGGCCAGACGGAAGCCACUCCUCAGUAAUAGGCACAUGAAAGCCCGCUUGGAGUUUGCCAAAAGGCACCUAAAGACUCUCAGACCAUGAGAAACAAGAUUCUCUGGUCUGAUGAAACCAAGAUUGAACUCUUUGGCCUAAAUGCCAAGCGUCACUUCUAGAGGAAACCUGGCACCAUCCCUACGGUGAAGCAUGGUGUUGGCAGCAUCAUGCUGUGGGAAUGUUUUUCAGCAGCAGGGACUGGGAGACUAGUCAGAAUCAAGGCAAAGAUGAACAGAGCAAAGUACAGAGAGAUCCUUGAUGAAAAUCUGCUCCAGACUAGGGCGAAGGUUCACCUUCCAACAGGACAACGACCCUAAGCACACAGCCAAGACAACACAUGAGUGGCUUCGGGACAAGUCUCUGAAUGUCCUUGAGUGGCCCAGCCAGUGCCCGGAAUUGAACCCGAUUGAACAUCUCUGGAGAGACCUGAAAAUGGCUGUGCAGCAACGCUCUCCAUCCAACCUGACAGAGCUUGAGAGGAUCUGCAGAGAAGAAUGGGGGAAACUCCCCAAAUACAGGUGUGCCAAGCUUGUAGCAUCAUACCCAAGAAGACUCAAGGCUGUAGUCACUGCCAAAGGUGAUUCAACACAGUACUGAGUAAAGGGUCUGAAUACUUAUGUAAAUGUGAUAUUUAAGUUUUUUAUUUUUAAUACAUUAGCAAUUAGUAAUUAUUGGUAACGACCUGUUACUGUAUGUAUUUGUUAGCAAUUGUCUGUUACAGGUAACUAUAAAACUACACACUAUUUGAGCCUUGUUUCCUACUGUGUGAAGGGAUGUGAAGGGAAAUCAAUGAGAGGCGUUUCACCUUUGUAAAAUUAAUAAUAAUCAUAAACUAAUUGUAUCUGGAUCACUGCUUGUGAUGAUUCAUUUUGGGUGUUGUGAUUAAUUUCUCUUGCUGUGUAGAGUCGUGCCUGGUGUCGGAUGAGCUGCUGCAGUACCGCCACUUUGUGUCCAAGCAACUGUUUGAGAAGGACCUGUCUGAUGAGCAGGAAGAGGAGGUACUGGCUCAGUUCGCUGCCCUGGACCCAGAGAAGAGGGGCCAGAUUGAGUGGUGUGACUUCCUCUACCACGAGUCCCUGGGAGUGCUCAGGAAGUUCCGCACAGAGGUACCAGAACCCAUCAGAACCCACUAAGCCAGUGGGAAUCAUGAGUGUUGUAGUACACAUUAUAUAUGCAUGUGUGGCAUAUAUAUAUAUAUAUAUAUAUAUAUAUAUAUAUAUAUACACACACACUACCAGUCAAAGGUUUGGACACACCUACUCAUUCAAGGGUUUUUCUUUAUUUUUACUAUUUUUUACAUUGUAGAAUAAUAGUGAAGACAUCAAAACUAUGAAAUAACACAUAUGGAAUCAUGUAGUAACCAAAAGUGUUAAACCAAUCAAAAUAUAUUUUAUAUUUGAGAUUUUUCAAAUAGCCACCCUUUGCCUUGAUGACAGCUUUGCACACUCUUGGCAUUCUCUCAACCAGCUUCAUGAGGUAGUCACCUGGAAUGCAUUUCAAUUAACAGGUGUGCCUUCUUAAAAGUUAAUUCGUGGAAUUUCUUUCCUUAAAUGCGUUUGAGCCAAUUAGUUGUGUUUUCACAAGGUAGGGGGGGGGGGGGGGGGGGGGGGGUAUACAGAAGAUAUCCCUAUUUGGUAAAAUACCAAGUCCAUAUUAUGGCAAGAACAGCUUAAAUAAGCAAAGAGAAAGGACAGUCCAUCAUUACUUUAAGACAUGAAGGUCAGUCAAUACGGAAAAUGUCAAGAACUUUGAAAGUUUCUUCAAGUGCAGUUGCAAAAACCAUCAAGCGCUAUGAUGAAACUGGCUCUCAUGAGGACUGCCACAGGAAUGGAAGACCCAGAGUUACCUCUGCUGCUGAGGAUAAGUUCAUUAGAGUUACCAGUCUCAGAAAUUGCAGCCCAAAUAAAUGCUUCACUGAGUUCAAGUAACAGACACAUCUCAACAUCAACUGUUCAGAGGGGCUGUGUGAAUCAGGCCUUCAUGGUCGAAUUGCUGCAAAGAAACCACUACUAAAGGACACCAAUAAGAAGAAGAGACCUGCUUGGGCCAAGAAACACAGGCAAUGGACAUUAGACCGGUGGAAAUGUAUCCUUUGGUCUGGAGUCCAAAUUUGAGAUUUUUGGAUCCAACCGCCGUGUCUUUGUGAGACGCGGUGUGGGUGAACAGUUGAUCUCUGCAUGUGUAGUUCCCACCGUAAAGCAUGUAGGAGGAAGUGUUAUUGUGUGGGGGUGCUUUGCUGGUGAUCCCUUCACUCUGUGAUUUAUUUAGAAUUCAAGGCACACUUUACCAGCAUGGCUACCACAGCAUUCUGCAGCGAUACGCCAUCCCAUGUGGUUUGGGCUUAGUGGGACUAUCAUUUGUUUUUCAACAGGACAAUUACCCAACACUCCUCCAGGCUGUGUAAGGGCUAUUUUACCAAGGAGAGUGAUGGAGUGCUGCAUCAAACCAAAUGUAUUUGCCACAUGCGCCGAAUACAACAGGUGUAGACCUUACAGUGAAAUGCUUACUUACAAGCCCUUAACCAACAUUGCAGUUUUUAAGAAAAUAAUACAAAAAAUUAUGCAAAUAGUCCGGGUAGCCAUGAUUAGCUGUUCAAGUCUUAUGGCUUGAGGGUAGAAGCUGUUAACAAGCCUUUUGGACCUAGACUUGGCGCUCUGGUACCGCUUGCCGUGCGGUAGCAGAGAGAACAGUCUAUGACUAGGGUGGCUGGAGUCUUUGACAAUUUUUAGGGCCUUCCUCUGACACCGCCUGGUAUAGAGGUCCUGGAUAGCAGGAAGCUUGGCCCCAGUGAUGUACUGGGCCGUACGCACUACCCUCUGUAGUGCCUUGUGGUCGGAGGCCGAGCAGUUGCCAUAUCAGGCAGUGAUGCAACCAGUCAGGAUGCUCUCGAUGGUGCAGCUGUAGAACCUUUUGAGGAUCUGAGGACCCAUGCCAAUUAUUUUCAGUCUCUUGAGGGGGAAUAGGCUUUGUUGUGCCCUCUUCACGACUAUCUUGUUGUGUUUGGACCAUGAUAGUUUGUUGGUGAUGUGGACACCAAUGAACUUGAAGCUCUCAACCUGUUCCACUACAGCCCCGUCGAUGAGAAUGGGGGUGUGCUCAGUCCUCUUUCUUUCCCUGUAGUCCACAAUCAUCUUCUUUGUCUUGAUUACAUUGAGGGAGAGGUUGUUAUCCUGGCACCACACGGCCAGGUCUCUGACCUCCUCCUUAUAGGCUGUCUCAUCGUUGUCGGUGAUCAGGCCUACCGCUGUUGUGUCGUCGGCAAACUUAAUGAUGGUGUUGGAGUUGUGCCUAGCCAUGCAGUCAUGGGUGAUCAGGGAAUACAGGAGGGGACUGAGCACGCAUCCCUGAGUAAUUGCUGUCCUGAUAUCCAGAAGCUCUUUUUGGUCAUAAGAGACGGGGGCAGAAACAUUAUGUACAGAAUAAAUUACAAAUAACGCGAGAAAACACACAUAAUAGUACAAUUGGUUAGAGGGCUUUAAAACGGCAGCCAUCUUCUCCGGCGCCAUUCUCAAAAAAAUUAUGACUUGGCCCCCACAAUCACCCGACCUCAAACCAAUUGAGAUGGUUUGGGAUGAGUCGGACGGCAGAGUGAAGGAAAAGCAGCCAACUAGUGCUAAGCAUAUGUGGGAACUCCUUCAAGACUGUUGGAAAAGCAUUCCAGGUGAAGCUGGUUGAGAGAAUGCCAAAAGUGUGCAAAGCUGUCAUCAAGGCAAAGGGUGGCUAUUUGAAGAAUCUCAAAUAUAACAUAUUUUGAUUUGUUUAACACAUUUUUGGUUACUACAUGAUUCCAUAUGUGUUAUUUCAUAGUUUCGAUGUCUUCACUAUUAUUCUACAAUGUAGAAAAUAGUAAAAAUAAAGAAAAACCCUGGAAUGAGUAGGUGUGUCCAAACUUUUGACUGGUAAUGUAUAUGGAAACAUUUGGUUGCACAGUUAAAAGGGAAAGGGGAUAGCAAACAAUUUAUUGACCAAUUUCAUCUUUCCACUACACUAUAUGACUGGGUAAAUAUUGUUAUUUUGAGUUGAUGUGGACCCAGUGACUCAGACUUGAGCAAUUGGACCAGGACUUGAGCACUGGGACUCAGACUUCAGCCAUAGGGACUUGUGACUCAACUCGUGACUCGACCAUUGGUGACUCUGACUUGGACUCGAGUACAGGGGACUUGGGUCUCCCGAUUCGGACUUGAGGUUUAGUGACUCAACUACAUCACUGGGCGAAACAAUCAUUAGCUCCCCUUGAAAGUCAUUAGCCCCCGUUCUACUUUUGGACACCAAUGUGGCUGAUGCAUCUGUGGAACAUUGACAACAAUGGCAAUGACGUGAGGUGCAACCCAUUCUACUUUGCCAAUACUUUGCUGCACCAUCUGGUGAUUUGUGCCUCUCCCUCUCCUCGAUCUAUCUAUCUAUCUCUGUGCUUGUGUGUGUCUGUUUUUUUUUUAAUGUAAUGUUCAAUAUCUGCGUAGGCUGAAUUAGGAAUUUACAUGACAGCUAAUAUUUCUGCUGUUAGUCAAAAUGAGACUGGACUAAAGAGUGCCAAAAUUAACACUGCCUUGUUCCCAGAACUCGUUGGUGCGUCUGUUAAGCGCUAAGGAGAGAGACCACGUGCGGUCAGUGUUCAUGGGUUUGGACCUGGAUAAAGACUUUCUGGUCACGGGAGCAGAGACCCGCUGGGCCCAGCAGUCCUGGUUUCAGAAGUUCAGCAAGGAGUCCCAGUCCUGCAGCGUGAGGUGAGCGUAACGCUGGUGAGACUGAGCCCAUGACCAUCCAUCUACAGGAGAUGAGGUUGAAAAGUUAAUUCAAUGUCUGUCACAGACUUGCAGUCAGGCGCUCCUACUCAAUAUGACACAUUAUUCCUCUUCUAUCCGCCUCAUAUUCUACAACAGGGAACAUCAACUAGAUUCAGCUGUGGGAUUAUCUUUUCUUGAGCGGAUGGUCAGGGGGCCCGAACAUAAUUACAAAUAUUUUGUAGACUGCAAAUUGACUGCAAGAAGCCCAAACAAAUAUAUUUUUUACUAAAACAUAAUAAUUUCAAACCUUGCUUACAUUUGAACACAAUCACCUACAGUAUAUAUAUCUAUUAUGCGUAGGAAUACUUUGGAACAGAUUAGCAAAAUGUCAAUCACUUGAAGCUGAUUUUCUGGUGUUUUCAGCCUUUUAUGUCCAACAAUAAAACAUCUAUGAAAUCGCGGGUCGCCAGUUGGGGAACCCUGCUCUGCAAACAAAUAACUAAUAUUUGUUUUAUUUAACAUGGUAUGAGAUGCAGCAACAUCAUUGACUGUGCCUGUGAGAGCUGUGAACUAAAGCUGACUGCUGGGGUUUCAUUUGACUGCUGGGUUUUCAUCGGAUUUUUCUCACAAUGCUGUAGAUGCCCCAAAACUUUGAAUCAUCUUUCAGUGCCAACAGUACAGUCGGCAUUACUGACAAAGGCCCGUCGUGUCUUUGAAGAACACUGAGUGGGGUUAAUUUGUUGUUGCUGGCUGUGGUUGCGAUUUCACUUCACAAGAAUGUUCGAGCCACAAUAAACUCCACUGGUUCAGUUUUGGUUAGAUUCAACAGGUCGUCAGUUGCUAGUGACUGGGGUAACAGAGGUGCAGGUGCUUGUUGUGAUGUUACCCUUGUGCUGCUGUUGAUAGGCCCUGGCCCUUCUCGAUCUCGGUGGUCGGGCCUGCUGCAGGAUGGUCAGUGAGCUUGGCGUCGCUCUCGACAUGUUCCUCUUUUUUUUUUUGCUCUUGGCAGUGGCCAGCCAUUUUUUUAUAUCCAUGCUGAUAAAGCUUAGCCAACUAGCUAUAAUUAUUCAGCGUGCCGCUACCAAAACGUAACAAAGCUAGUAGCUACUGGCUAGCCUAUUAUUAGCUGUAGCUGUCUGCAAAAGUGAACAACUUUUCCCCCUCUCUGUGAGGAAAGAAACCCCACCCUGGGAUCCAAUGAGCUUCCUAAACAAAGUUAUGAUUCCGGUACCUUAUGACAUUGCAUGGCUAGGUGCCCAAUCAGAAUGCAUUUUUGGAUUUUAACUACAAAAUAUUACAUUAUUACAUCACCCCUCAGCUCAAGCACACACUUUAUCCCUACCUACAGUUGAAGUCGGAAGUUUACAUACAAUUUAGCCAAAUACAUUUAAACUCAGUUUUUCACAAUUCCUGACAUUUAAUCCUAGUAAAAAUUCCCUGUCUUAGGUCAGUUAGGAUCACCACUUUAUUUUAAGAAUGUGAAAUGUCAGAAUAAUAGUAGAGAGAAUGAUUUAUUUCAGCUUUUAUUUCUUUCAUCACAUUCCCAGUGGGUCAGAAGUUUACAUACACUCAAUUAGUAUUUGGUAGCAUUGCCUUUAAAUUGUUUAACUUGGGUCAAACGUUUCAGGUAGCCUUCCACAAGCUUCCCACAAUAAGUUGGGUGAAUUUUGGCCCAUUCCUCCUGACAGAGCUGAUGUAGCUGAGUCAGGUUUCUAGGCCUCCUUGCUCGCACACGCUUUUUCAGUUCUGCCCACACAUUUUCUAUAGGAUUGAGGUCAGGGCUUUGUGAUGGCCACUCCAAUACCUUGACUUUGUUGUCCUUAAGCCAUUUUGCCACAACUUUGGAAGUAUGCUUGGGGUCAUUGUCCAUUUGGAAGACCCAUUUGCGACCAAGCUUUAACUUCCUGACUGAUGUCUUGAGAUGUUGCUUCAAUAUAUCCACAUCAUGUUCCUUCCUCAUGAUGCCAUCUAUUUUGUGAAGUGCACCAGUCCCUCCUGCAGCAAAGCACCCCCACAGCAUGAUGCUGCCACCCCCAUGCUUCACGGUUGAGAUGGUGUUCUUCGGCUUGCAAGCGUCCCGCUUUUACCUCCAAACAUAACGAUGGUCAUUAUGGCCAAACAGUUCUAUUUUUGUUUCAUCAGACCACAGGACAUUUCUCCAAAAAGUACAAUCUUUGUCCCCAUGUGCAGUUGUAAACCGUAGUCUGGCUUUUCUAUGGCGGUUUUGGAGCAGUGGCUUCUUCCUUGCUGAACGGCCUUUCAGGUUAUGUCGAUAUAGGACUCGUUUUACUGUGGAUAUAGAUACUUUUGUACCCGUUUCCUCCAGCAUCUUCACAAGGUCCUUUGCUGCUGUUCUGGGAUUGAUUUGCACUUUUCGCACCAAAGUACGUUCAUCUCUAGGAGACAGAACGCAUCUCCUUCCUGAGUGGUAUGAUGGCUGCGUGGUCCCAUGGUGUUUAUACUUGCGUACUAUUGUUUGUACAGAUGAACAUGGUACCUUCAGGCGUUUGGAAAUUGCUCCCAAGGAUGAACCAGACUUUGAGGUCUACCAUUUUUUCCUGAGGUCUUGGCUGAUUUCUUUUGGUUUUCCCAUGAUGUCAAGCAAAGAGGCACUGAGUUUGAAGGUAGGCCUUGAAAUACAUCCACAGGUACACCUCCAAUUGACUCAAAUUAUGUCAAUUAGCCUAUCAGAAGCUUCUAAAGCCAUGACAUCAUUUUCUGGAAUUUUCCAAGCUGUUUAAAGGCACAGUCAACUUAGCGUAUGUAAACUUUUGACCCACUGGAAUUGUGAUACAGUGAAUUAUAAGUGAAAUAAUCUGUCUGUAAACAAUUGUUGGAAAAAUGACUUGUGUCAUGCACAAAGUAGAUGUCCUAACCGACUUGCCAAAACGAUAGUUUUUUAACAAGAAAUUUGUGGAGUGGUUGAAAAACAAGUUUUAAUGACUCCAACCUAAGUGUAUGUAAACCUCCGACUUCAACUGUAGCCUCUGUCCCGGUCUGUGUUACUGGCAAGCCCGGCAGCGCUACAUUGGCAAAACCGGGCAGGGUAAUUAAUAUAACUGGGGGGGGGGGGGGGGGGGCACAAAUUCUAUCUGGGGGGUCCAUGCCCGGCUUUGCUACCUUGUAGAGCCGGCCCUGUUGGAGACCUAUUGGCUCCUCUACUUUUCAGGGCUCCUCUGAGCUGUAUGGAAUAAUUUACUUAAGCUAGGUUUAUUUCUAUAACUCUUCAUCUCACUGCACCUCAUCUCAGUGUUGGCAAUUUCACUGUGAUUUAGAUCUUCUCCCUGAUACUGAUUCAUUCACAAUGAGUGUGUGUGUGUGUGUGUGUGUGUGUCUGUGUGUGUGUGCAUGCACUACACUGUGUUACCCUCCUUCAUUGUUACAGUGGGGGAAAAAAGUAUUUAGUCAGCCACCAAUUGUGCAAGUUCUCCCACUUAAAAAGAUGAGAGAGGGCUGUAAUUUCAUCAUAGGUACACGUCAACUAUGACAGACAAAAUGAGAAAAGAAAAUCCAGAAAAUCACAUUGUAUGAUUUAUAAUGAAUUUAUUUGCAAAUUAUGGUGGAAAAUAAGUAUUUGGUCAAUAACAAAAGUUUCUCAAUACUUUGUUAUAUACCCUUUGUUGGCAAUGACACAGGUCAAACAUUUUCUGUAAGUCUUCACAAGGUUUUCACACACUGUUGCUGGUAUUUUGGCCCAUUCCUCCAUGCAGAUCCCCUCUAGAGCAGUGAUGUUUUGGGGCUGUCGCUGGGCAACACGGACUUUCAACUCCCUCCAAAGAUUUUCUAUGGGGUUGAGAUCUGGAGACUGGCUAGGCCACUCCAGGACCAUGAAAUGCUUCUUACGAAGCCACUCCUUCGUUGCCCGGGCGGUGUGUUUGGGAUCAUUGUCAUGCUGAAAGACCCAGCCACGUUUCAUCUUCAAUGCCCUUGCUGAUGGAAGGAGGUUUUCACUCAAAAUCUCAUGAUACAUGGCCCCAUUCAUUCUUUCCUUUACACGGAUCAGUCGUCCUAGUCCCUUUGCAGAAAAACAGCCCCAAAGCAUGAUGUUUCCACCCCCAUGCUUCACAGUAGGUAUGAUGUUCUUUGGAUGCAACUCAGCAUUCUUUGUCCUCCAAACACGACGAGUUGAGUUUUUACCAAAAAGUUAUAUUCAUCUGACCAUAUGACAUUCUCCCAAUCCUCUUCUGGAUCAUCCAAAUGCACUCUAGCAAACUUCAGACGGGCCUGGACAUGUACUGGCUUAAGCAGGGGGACACGUCUGGCACUGCAGGAUUUGAGUCCCUGGCGGCGUAGUGUGUUACUGAUGGUAGGCUUUGUUACUUUGGUCUCAGCUCUCUGCAGGUCAUUCACUAGGUCCCCCUGUGUGGUUCUGGGAUUUUUGCUCACCGUUCUUGUGAUCAUUUUGACCCCACGGGGUGAGAUCUUGCGUGGAGCCCCAGAUCGAGGGAGAUUAUCAGUGGUCUUGUAUGUCUUCCAUUUCCUAAUAAUUGCUCCCACAGUUGAUUUCUUCAAACCAAGCUGCUUACCUAUUGCAGAUUCAGUCUUCCCAGCCUGGUGCAGGUCUACAAUUUUGUUUCUGGUGUCCUUUGACAGCUCUUUGGUCUUGGCCAUAGUGGAGUUUGGAGUGUGACUGUUUGAGGUUGUGGACAGGUGUAUUUUAUACUGAUAACAAGUUCAAACAGGUGCCAUUAAUACAGGUAACGAGUGGAGGACAGAGGAGCCUCUUAAAGAAGAAGUUACAGGUCUGUGAGAGCCAGAAAUCUUGCUUGUUUGUAGGUGACCAAAUACUUAUUUUCCACCAUAAUUUGCAAAUAAAUUCAUAAAAAAUCCUACAAUGUGAUUUUCUGGAGAAAAAAAAUCUAAAUUUGUCUGUCAUAGUUGAGGUGUACCUAUGAUGAAAAUUACAGGCCUCUCUCAUCUUUUUAAGUGGGAGAACUUGCACAAUUGGUGGCUGACUAAAUGCUUUUUUCUCCCACUGUAUGUCAUGUAAUGCCAUUCCAUCCACUUUAUGUUCCAUCCUUCACAGACUCAUUGGAUUGUGUUCUCCUGUGAAUUGUGGGUAAGUGACACAGCACGGCAUGGGUUAUGUCGUUUUCUUCUCUUCAGCACCUCCAAGCCCUCAAUCCACAAGUAAUCUCACACAACCUAUUCCUUUUUGACAUUCCACCCAUCAUUUCACUCCCCCACUCACCAAGGCCAGGAUAAAGUCCACCUGAGGAAUAAUGAAAUCAUAGAUCAAACACUACUGGUGGUAGCAAUAAAGUUGAAAGAACAAUUGAGAUGUCUAGCCUAUACUCCAAGAGCCCUUCCUAUUAUGAUUCCCUGUUGGUUUGAUAAGAAAGAUCCAGUCCUCUCAUUAGAAAGAUCAAAAGAUAGGCUUUUGUUCUUCUGUGAGAAGCUCUAGAAGGCUUCACUCAUCAGCUUUAAGAGGACACGGGGGGGCCACGUUGACGUGAGAGGGUAUACGCCCAGAACUGAUGCAUUCUAAUUCACCUCUUUGGUCAGACACGGCGAGAAGCUGCUGUUUUAUUUACAGCUUUUGCAUAGAGCUUACUUAUAGUGUAUAAUAUAGACAUAAUAUUAAGCCAGAGAUUGAGGAUGUAGCAUCGAUGAGGUUCACAAAGCAGACCUUGAACCUUUCUCUUCCUCUAGCUUUAAUAAUUAAUGAGUUUGGCUGUGGCCUGGAAGAGAGCCGUUUGGUCUCAAUAACCCACUGAGACAUUUUCAGUGGGAAUGUGGUUUUGCACUAUAUUUGCACCUGACCUCUUCACAGCUGAAACAAAUCCCUUUUCGAAGGAAAAGGGUGUCUUGUCCUUGGCAGACAUGUUGGAAACUCAAUACCACCAAUUGUAGUGUAUAGUGAUACAAUCUUUCUGUCUUGUGUGUGUGUUUCCUGAGGCAGUAUUAGCCAUGUUGGCCCCAUAUCUGAGAGCAGUCCAGCCAGCUCCAGCAGUGAGAGAAGCAGUCAGAAAGAUGACAACAGGUGUGUACUAAAUAUAAUUAUGUGUGUUUGCAGUAAACAGGCCUGUGUGUGUGUGUGUGUGCCUUUCCUUGGUUGACCUCAGUUUAGAGGAGAUGGCUCCCUAACCUCCUCUCUGUUCCAUCACCAGACUAGUGAGCUGGGAAGACUUCCUGAGGGAGAGUGCCAUCUACAUCCUGGCUGCACGGCCCAACAGCUCGGCCAUGCACAUCCGCCUACCACUAUAGCCCCAGAGACCUCACCCUGCCUGGGAGAGCAGAUACCAUGGCACUGUAGGGGACAAACCUAAGCCCACCAGAGGAAUACUGCACCACUCGGAGACUGGACAGGACAGAACAGAACAAGCCAUCAACAGAUCUCCUGCUUCACACCAUAGAUCAAUGACCAACUGACACCACCAAUCAAUGACCUACAAGUACAUACUGACGGUAAAAUUACAAACAACCUGACAACCCACUGGUUAUAGACACUCAUGAAACACUGAGGACAAAAGGCAACAGCCCAUUUUCACACACAAGCCAACAAUUCAGUGGUGGUUUGAAGGCUCGGGGUAUCCUGGGAGGCUCACUUUCCCCUAAAUCAGUGUUUCCCAACUCCGGUCCUCGAGUACCCCCA